UCACCUUUAAUUCACAUUUUGAAUUCUCCUUCGUAGAAACUUCUUCCUGUAUCUUUUACGCUCCACUUCUAAUUCGACAUCAUUAGGGGGGCACUCGAACAAUUCAUCGGCAGAAUAUCCGUCCCUUACUCUUUCCAUUACAGAAAAGUUGGAAAUCUCAAUUUGGGGUUAGGGUUUCCUGUUUCAGUUAGGAUUUACCAAGCUUUAUCUCCACUUCAAAGGGCUUCACGAUGCUCAUAGUCUUCUGCUAAAUUGGUAUGAGCAUGAAAGAGUGCCCAACUUCGUGAUAUAUACUUUGGUACUUAACCAGCAUGCUCAAUACGAGCAUCGGGCAUUAAUUAUCCAACCCCUUAUCAUAUUUCAGAUUAAAAGAUUUGGUUCUACAAUCAGUUGAAGACUCAAGCAUGGCAGAAGAGAGUCCACAGACACUUCCAGCUACCUUUCCCAUAGUUCAAAUGCCUGUAAAAUCUGGAGAAGAUUGGAAGGUUGUUGUACCUCGUCGAGGGAAACAAAGAAGAAAAAGAAACAAUCCCAAAACUGAAACCAUCGGACAAGCACCAUGGGCUCCUACUGAUAUAGAAACCGACCCCGAAAAAGAAUCCAAACUGAUGCAGAAGAUUCAGAUAUGCAUGAAUACUCUUGAAAAUUCCAAAUUUUACAGUACCAUCCUGAAUCAGAUCCUAACUCCUCAAAUCCUGAGUUACUUCACUAGCGUUUUAGCCUCCGAAUCGAAGAUGCAGAUGGUUAUAUAUGGUAUUGGCAGCAUUGAUUCUUAUGAAACCCCUCGAUUACAACUUGCGCUUGCAAUAUUGAUUAAGAGAAGAUUUGAUUGGAUAGGAGAUAUUGAGGUUUUUGAUCCCGUGCUUUCAAAAACAGAAUCUAAUGUUUUGGAGGCUUUAGGUUGUUCCGUUCUGUCGGUAAACGAACAAGGGCGGAGACAGGUUUUGAAGCCAACGAUGUUUUUCAUGCCACAUUGUGAGGCCGUCUUGUAUGAUAAUCUUUUACAAGCAAACUGGAAAGCAGAGUUCUUGAAUCAUAUGGUAUUAUUUGGCAACAGCUUCGAGAAGUACGCAGAAUCUAUUUUGGAGUUUAAGAAUCUAAUGUCAUUUGAUAACUCCGUGAAUCAUGUUUUGACGACUCAGAGAUUUUCAGUCGAGGUUAAGAUUGAGAUAAUUUCAGACGAAUAUUUUAGGCCAUUUCAUGAUUCAAGUUGGCACUUCUUCAAUCUGGAUGAAGAUACGGACUUAAAACUUGAAGUGCAUUAAAUUAAAUUGAGGUUAAUUCGGCAAUCUCUUAAGAUUUGAAUACCCAUUUUGGUGGGCUAUAUAUACUGAUUGAUUAGAAUGUUUUAUAAUUCUGUUUUUGUAUUGUGACUGACUUAGACGACUUUUUUUCUCAGAUUUUCGAUUCUCGUGUAUCAUCGUCUUCAAUUCAGGUGUUGUUCAUUAGAAAUUUCUU